AUGCCCCAAUUGGGCGGCCCUUUUUUCUCCCCUUUCUUCUACACAAUUCUAGUGUAAAGGUAAGCACGAUGGAGAUGAUAGAUAGAUGAGGGUCCCCAUUAUUGCCUCCUUGGUUCCACGGACCAUGGUAGCAUAGUGUACCUACCUAACAUCCUAACAUACUAUAUAAAAUAACUUCAUUCCAAAAUAGCAAUUAACUUGAUCUCACCCGAAUUAUCAAAAAACCGGUAACACACAGCUAUCUUACUUUCCUUUCGGCCCUCAUUGGACCGAGUUUGUAACGCCCCUUUAUCAUCUCUGCAUCUCCGCAAAACACGCCAAGACUAUUUUCGAUUCUCUUGGAGAGUCUGACUGCAUACACUCUACCUAUUACAUCGAAAAUCCUAGCUGAUCCUUCCGAGUCGUAUACGGAUAAUCAUGUCGUCUACGUUUCACAAACCGGCCCCCAAUGUCCCCUACUGGACGCCGGCCCAAGACCCUCCUGCCGGAUCGGCCCUGGACCCGGCCUCAGCCCCGACCUUGUUCAAGCCGAUAAAGAUCCGGGGCGUGGAAUUGCAAAAUCGAUUCGUCGUCGCCCCUAUGUGCCAAUAUAGUGCUGACGACGGACACGCCUCUGAUUGGCACCUUACUCACCUAGCUCAGUUUAUAAUUCACGGCGCUCCUCUGACAAUCAUCGAGGCCACCAGUGUUACUCCCAACGGCCGUAUCAGCCCUGACGAUCUCGGUCUCUGGAAAGAUAGCCAGAUCGCCGGGCUGAAGCGUAUCGCAGACUUUGCUCACUCCCAGGGUCAGAAGCUUGGUAUCCAACUUGCCCACGCCGGCCGCAAGGCCAGUACCCUAGCCCCUUGGCUUGUCCCCGAUGGUUCCGUAGGCGCUCUCGCCUCCCCUGAAGAGGGCGGCUGGGGUGACAACGUAUGGGCGCCCAGCGCCAUCAAGUACACCAACAACUACCCGGACCCCAAGGCCAUGACUAUCGAGGAUAUCAAAGCCCUCGUGCAAGCCUUCAAGGACGCAGCCAGGAGAUCCGUCGAGGCCGGUAUCGACGUCAUCGAGAUCCACGCCGCUCACGGGUAUCUCAUAACCGAGUUCCUCUCGCCACUCAGCAACAAGCGGACCGACGACUACGGCGGUAGCUUUGAAAACCGCACACGCCUACUCUUUGAGAUCAUCGAGGCGAUCCGUAGCGUUAUCCCCGAGACCAUGCCCUUGUUCGUACGCAUUUCGGCGACCGAGUGGAUGGAGUGGUCCGACGAACCCAGCUGGGACCUCGAGCAAAGCAUUCGCCUCGCCAAGCUGCUCCCAGCUGCCGGCGUCGACCUGCUCGACGUUAGCUCUGGAGGUAACAGUGAUAGGGCGAAGUUCAACGUGCACCCGUACUACCAGAUCGACCUUGCGGGCAAGAUUCGCGAGGUCAUUAAGAAAGAGAACCUAAACCUCCUUAUCGGUGCCGUCGGACUGAUCACAACCGCCGAGAUGGCGCGCUCGAUUGUCCAGGAGGGCAAGUCGUUAACUCAGGGUGCUACAGCGCACGACAGUGCUGAGGUCGGCGAAGAGGCGGGACAGAUUACGCAGGCGGAUAUUGUGCUGGUUGCCCGGCAAUAUCUGCGCGAGCCUGAGUUCACUCUACGUGUCGCACAUGAGUUGGGUGUGGAGGUAAAGUGGCCUAUCCAGUACUCUAGGGCGCAAUGGAAAAAAGGCCAGAAGAUCUAGACGAAGAUGGAAUGGGGGGAUCAUGACAUAUCAAUACUUAUGAAGGGCAGCACGGCGCAUAAUAUAGAUGGGGUAUACAUAGCGAGGCGUAUCGUAUCCACCGUUUUGAUAGACGAAAUAAAGACAUUAUAAAGUUGAAUAUUCAAGUAUUAUAUUCAUAUAUUAUAUUGAU